CGAGCAUUUACACAUCUCGUUCGAUGACCGACAAGGAAGGGAAAGCAGCCAUGGCCACGCGCCAAGAGCAGUGCCGCGACAGCCAGCGGCGGUACCGCGCCAAAGCGAUUGCGGCGGCGCGCGCGCUCGAAGACCACGUCCGACAGCUCACGCUUGAGACGCUGCGCCUCGAAGGCCGGCACCGCGCCCUCGCCAGCAGCAUCCAUCGGCCGUUAGACCAUUUUUCGAGCCUCCUCGUGGCGCGCGAGUACUUUAGCGUCGCUCGGUUUGGCCUCGCCCGCAACGAUGCAAUGACGCACGACGCUCUCUGUCGACUCGUGCACGAGUCGGUCAUGUUCCACGGCCGCAUGGGCCACGCCGCGUACUUUGACCAGUGGCGCCAGUACGCCGCGACGUUCGAAGGCUUUGACAUGAUCUGCGACAGCAUGGAAUGCCUCAGCGUUGACGACGGCUACGUUGUCCACUGUGUCGGCCGCGUCAGUCUCCGACUCACACGCACGUCGCUCGCACGCGUAUUUCCCCAUACGCUUCGCGACGAGUACCUUGUGCAGCGCCUCAUCGAUUGCGAGCUCCAGGUACCACUGGUGCUGCGCCUCACGAUGUGCGACCAAGACCACCGCAUUGGUGCGCUGCACGCCACUUUGGGCUUUACGGCGGCGAUGGUGUCGCUGCUGCGUGCCAGCGACAUGGCGGCUGCCGUCAUGGCGUACGCCCGUCUCGAAGACAGCUGCCUCCUUGAAUAA